ACAAACAAAACAACAACAAAAAUAAAAAAUAAAUCUGAAAUUGAAAUAAUUGUCUACUCAUUCAUUAAUGUCAUGGUGCUUCGUCAAUCUUAAUGUUGUAAUCAAAUUGUCAAUGUUGAAAUGAAUAGAAAUAUGUUUGAAAAAGUGGGAAUGAACCUAUGACGACAAGAUAUGACAAUUUUUGUUUUAUUUUUCCUUAUAUGGCCGUCAAUAUGUUCUUCUACAGUUACUGCAGCGGAAGAAAGAAAAGACAUGAAGGACGUUCCUUUUAUUGUUAUAGAACCUCUUUUUUCACGUGAGUUUGGUCCAUCCGUGGUGAAACAAGUCCAAGACACACUCAACUUGACUUGCACUGUAUUUUAUAGCCCAUUGAACUUGGAACCGAGAUAUAACAUCACAUGGACAACUCCCAUCAGUUUAUCAAACAGUAAGAACCAUGUAGUGAUUCAAGCAGCUUCAUCCAACUCGGUGAAUCUUGUGGUGCCACAUCUGGAGUCCAGAGAUGAAGGAAUUUAUGCCUGCAGUGCACAGCCCUUUGACUCGUUGGAGCCUAACGAGACACUGUUCACUACAGUUAGGGUCAAUAUAAAAAACCGAAAGUGUGCUAACACCAUGUUUGCGUGCAGUUCAUCAAAACAUCAAGGGUGCAUUCCACAGAGGUACAAAUGUGACGGCUACCAAGAUUGUCAGAAAGGGGAGGAUGAGGACCAGAUUCUUUGUGGUGUCUCUCCGUGCAGUGACAAAGUGCAAUGUGAAGAUCCUCUUACUUCUAUUGUACGUUGUAUUCCCAAAACUUGGUGCUGUAACAUCAGAGUGGACCCCAACUGUACUAGGGAACCCCUCUCGUGCUGUCCACCCAUAUUUUUCAAACCAUAUGUGGAUGAGAGAAACUACUUUGGAAAUCAACCUCAUAUGACAGAUAUGACUUUUAUCCAAACAACCAUCUAUACUGUUAUUGGGUGUGUUUUGGUGUUCAUGAUUGUCAUGACUGUGUUGGUGAUUGCUAUUUGUCGAGUCCACAUGAAGCGUUCUCUGAUGUCGCAGUGCCCGACAAACCCUUCACAGACAUCUCAACUUUCUCAGAACACACCGAUGUAUGACUUGGACGUUUAUCUGAACCGAGGCUGUGUUGUGGAUCGUGACCUUGCCCCUCCAGGGUUUCUGGUGACCUAUAACAUCAACAAUGGAGUGCAGAUUGUGGGUCACACAAUAGAUCCUCCGCCAUAUUGCGAGGUGAUAUGUUCUCCCCCCAAAGAAGGGCCUCCUCCGCCUUACUCUUCCAGAGAAACUUUGAACAGAAGUCUGCCUGAAACAGAGGCUCUCCUACAACAGCCUUCCACAUCAAUGCCUUCACAUUCAGCCCUGCAAGGUGAAAAUGAAUCCAGAGAAGGGAUGCCCAACAGUAACCAGUGAUCAUCCAAAGCUUUACUGUAUACGUUAAUAGUUAUUUAGUAGUAAAGACCCUUGUGAUUACAUAUCUUAAGAGAUAUUUUCGAUAUAUUAUGUUUACAAUAUUGAACAGGUCUAGAAUUUACUUUUUGAGAUUGUAUGUACCUAGUACAAAAAUACUGCUAAGAACGUUCCUGGAUUCAAAUAAACUUACCUAGCAGAUGUUAGGUAAAUUAAGAAAGAAUAAACCAUCAUUAUUCAGUUUUACUGGUCAGUUGACACUGAAUAUAAUUUGUUGUUACCUCAACUUUUGGUAGGAUUAGCUUUAUACACUAUAUUUUGUACAGUACCUCCUUGGGUUUUAAGAAAACAUCUUCCAUUCACCAAAUUUAUUUUUAUACUAAAUGAAACUCACAAAAUUCUUUCUAGUCUUAAUCUGAGUAUGCCAUACUAAACAGUAAACAGUAAACAUAAGUUUUUAUUUCAAAAAAUCAUUCCAACAUAGGAUUUAUAAAAAAUUAAGUCCUCAUACAUUAUUAUCUUCUCUUUCCAAUAACCAAGGUAAGUUUUAAAGAUUUUUUUUUCAAACAGUUGUUUUCUAUGAAAUAGUAAAUCUGAGGGCUGUUUGUAAUUGAAGGCCUCCAUUGAGCUCCCGUCCCAGCCAAGUGAGUUAGUUCAAAUCUGAAACAACCGUUUUGUUAUUAAUACUUCUUCAUCCAUUACCAUUCUAGCCAGUUCACCCCCCUAUACGAGGAUUAGGCCUGUCAAUCAUCGUAGUAGCUGAAAAAAAAUGAGGAAGAGCCAAUGCUCUCACCAAGUAUGAAACACGCUCUGUGAUGAGGUUUUUCUGUAGGAAGGGAGUCAACCUCUGUUUAAAUCCGUUGCCAACUAACAAAUGUGUUGUAGAAAAGAGCUUUGAUGUAGGAAAUGUGCACAAGUGGCAUAAGGAGUUCUUUGAAAGCCGUACAUAUCGACACACCAGCUCGGCAGCAGGUGUUUAAGUUUAUCAAUUUCCAUUGAGACAGUGAUUGUAUUUAAAAAAAAAACUUUGCUAAAAUGUUUAAUUGUUUAAGACUACCAUACAACGACAUCCUUACUACAAUCCUUAACAUUCUUAUAGAGACUUCCCUUAUCAGUUCAGCAAUUUCUCGUUCAGUCACACAAAAUUGUCACAAUAUUGGUCACUGCCUCAAAUGAGACCAAUAAACCAUAUAAAUUGGCCUACACAAUGAAAAACAUCCUACAAAUGUUAACAACCUCCUAUCCUUCCACCAACUACACACAUUUUCUAUGACACUUUACUCGGGCCGUUUUAGUAAAUGGGCUCCGGGCCCAGGGGCACAAGGAAGGGAAAAAUUACCCUGCAAGGAAGAGAGAAGAGGGCCCAAGUAUCUCUUGGGGCCCAUAGCACAUCAUAUGCAACCGCAGGCCUGACUUUACUCGAUUUACAUCCGGCAACUGGUGAGAGACUUUGUCUACAGUUGACUGCUGACACCACAAAUAUCCAGUCACAGAAUGUGAAUUUUUACCUGACGGAAUUGUUAGUUUUCUUUUGCAAUGUUAUUGAAUACCAUGACAAGACUAGUAAUCCCAUUGGGAACAGGCUAGAGGAGUAUUGGGUGAAGUUGAGAACACGUCUGUGGUCUCAAAUUUGAACUAACUUGCUUAGCUGUCACGGGAACCUGAUGGAAAUCUUAAUUUACGACAACCCUCGUAGUAUAAUAAUUUACCAAAGAAAAUGCAUACAGUUUAUGAUCAAUACUAGUACACUGGCAUAGGGAGUAUGCAUUGCAAAUGAUAAACCACACAUUCUAUCUGAAUCUGUGCUGCUACAAAUCAAAAUUUAACUUUGUCCAUCUGAUCCGAAUCCAAACCAAAUGUACUCACCCCUAAUCGUAUGAUUUCAUUCUGUUAUAUAGUAAUUGUGUUUAUGUUUUACUGCAGUUUAUAGGGACAUGUUUUUUACCCUACUGUUGGAUGGAAUUUAACAAGGUUAAUUUUGCUCGAAUUAUUAGAAUAAGACAUAUUGUUGAAAAUUGUACACGGUUAAAUACUUACUGCAAAAAAAUAUUGUUCUAAGUAAUCAAGAAAUGUUAAUACCAGUACCUCCUAAAUAGUUUUACAAAAUAAUUAGUUCCAUAAAAACAAGUUUAGUUAGAAUGGCUUUAUACAUAUGAGAACCAGAUAUUAAGGUAUAUUUGUAUUGAAUAUAUAUUUUUUUAAGGUGAAAAUGUAUAUAAUUUAUUUAUAUAAGUAGUUUAAGAUUAAAUUUGUUAUAAAAUUGAAUGUCUGGUAAUGUCUAUACAGAUUUGUUGACAUUAAAAUUACUGUACAGUUGUGAACAUAAAAUAUUACUGACUUGUCAUUGGACAAACACAUUUUACCAGAAAAACAUGCAGUAACCCUGAAUCACCUCCUUCAUCUCAUUGCUAUGCUGUCCUUUUAAUUUUGUAGAGUAAACUAUCAUACAAUUUGUAUCUUAUUCUUGUACACCAAUAUUCUGAUAUCAAGCAUCACAUUUUGAUGAUUCUAAAUAAUUUGCAUUCUACUUGUUUGAAAUUCACUUGUUUACACAUUUUCACAAUGUUGUAGUUGAAUGCUCAUAAAGUUAUAAACGUUCAGAUUUAAAAUUAAUAGGUACAUUGGUAUGCUAAAAAGAUGUUUUUUCAUGCACAUCAGAACACAUAAAAAAUAUCAAUACAGUUUAGAGGUACUGAGGAAAACUUGAGUGUUUUUAUUAAAAUGUGUUACAUGGUUUUGCUUUUGUACAGAGAUGGGUACAUGAGAUAUUAGACAGGUAGAAACCAUGGUGGAAGGAUAAAACAUAGGUGUGAUAUUGAUAUUCCCGUCAUAGGCUGACGUCACCCAGAUUGCAAACUGAAAAUCACCUGAUUGUAACUGUCAUAUAAGUAUGUAGGCCUAUUUGUUUUUAUUUGAUUGUUAUUGUUUUUAGAAUUUUUCUUAAUAGUGAAAUGGUGUUUGCAAUCUGGGUGAUGUCAGCAUAUGACAGGAAUAAUACACCUAUGUUUUAUCCUUCCACCAUUUUGUACCCACUCAGGUUUUUUAAUGAACUAAAUUAAAUAUAUGUUGUUAUGUUUUAGCCUUAAUUUAUUUAUCCUCAAUAAACAUUUUGUUUUUGGAUUUUUUUUACAGUUGAAAAAGUUAAACCAUUCAAAACAGAACUUAUUUACCACAGUUAUAAAGUACAUUAUUUUGGAAAGGGUUAAAAAAUCAUAUUAAAAAUGUUAUAAAAGAUAAAUUUUAAAUACAAAAUUAAAUCAAAUUAAGCAUGUAACAAUGUUCACAAAUCGUGCAUAUCAUAAAUUUUCUUGCUCACUGUGUGUGGUAAUUUAAUACAUGACAUUAUUUACGUAAGUUAAUAUCACUGAGCUAUAAUUAUAACUGGAGUCACCACUCUGUGUUUAAAAAGCGUACCACUGUUUUUGCUGGUUUUAGCGAAUUAAAUAGGGAAGUAUUAGCGAAUUUCCCUAUAGGGAAGUAGCUAUUACCGUAGGUGGCAUGGUAAGACCUAGGCCCGGGACCGAUUUACUUUUUCAUUUUAAUGUCCCCAGAGGCCAAAAAAACCAUUCGUUCAAAUUUUUAUAUAUGUAUAUAAAUACUUUUAAUUGAAAAUAAAUUCAGAAAACUGGAAAUUCGCUUAGUCGGCAGGUUUGCUGCGGCGGUGAUAUUUUUUUCAAUUUUUCAUGUUGUUAUGUUGGCCUAUGAUCGUUUGGUUGGAUAGCUGUCAAAUUCGAACCAAGCAGAUGGGGUUAUUUUUGACAAGUCCAACCAACCGAGACAGUGUGACCAACAAAACAUGGCAACAAGCGGCCAUCUUGAUGGCAUGCUUUUCUCUAAUGUUCAACCAGAGAGUAGUGACUCCAGUUAUAAUCAAUUCAUCUCUAUGGUUAAUAUGUCUCAACUCAAUGUUGUUCACUCUAGAUCCUGUAAAAGGUAUUAUUUUAUGUUCAGAAUUAUAACAAAAUAGCCUCUAUUAAACAAUAUCCUUAUGCUAUGGUGCUGAUAAGAUUAAUAUAAAAUCUUCUUUCUUUUUGUUUCUGAUGUAAGUCUUGUUCAAUACAUCCCUAAAAUCUA